AUGCAUGUGGACAUCCACGAGGCAGAGCUGGAACUGGUAAAGCGGAGCAUCCUGAGUGGAAGAAAGUGGAGGAGUGCUGUUGUAGACGUGGUAGACCCAUCCUUCACUGACCUUUGUGCGAACGUGGCUGACGGCUUCUCCCUGGACUUCGACUACGUGGGCAAAGACUUCCUGCCGUCACACGCAACUUUUGCUCAAAGUCAGCUGGUGAUGGCCGGUUCCGCAGUCUCCUGGCUCACCGCCAGCAAG